CGCGCCCUGUGUCUCUGUCCUCUGGCGGUAGAGUCGUCCUGCGGCCAAUGCUGUGAAGGAGAGCGUCCUAGGCGGGCUUGCGGCUUCAUGUGCCUUCGUCUGAAAUCGUGUUCAAGCUGAGGGCUCUGCGGCUGACAGUGACGAUGGUGGAUUCGUGACGGUGCUUGAUAUCUGCUGGUUUGUCUGUUCGUCUGCCCGUCUGCCUCGCCUGCCCUUCGAUACUGCAGCCACGGCAUGCCUCAGCGCGAGGACGACGCAGGGCAGCCGAGCGCAAGGUCCAUCUGGGUGAGACUUCGAAACACGAUCGGAUACGUCUUAAGAUGCCUCUUCACUUUCUUCUUCUCGUCGCCGCGUCUUCGAAACAACAGUCCUGCGAGAGAAACCGAGAAGCAGGAAGCCCGUCUGCUCGUUUUGGGCGCCAGUGACACAGGCAAAUCCACCUUCAUGCGGCAGAUGCAGCUCCUGUGCGGCCAUGGGUACCCUUCCCCCGAGAGACUCAGGCACCAGCCGCACAUCCGCCGCAACCUGCUGGAGAGCCUGCACAAGCUGGUCUCGCACCUGGCCACGUACGGCGCCCAGCCUGCCACGCCCGAGGCCCGGGAGGCGGCGCAGGCUUUCCUGGCGUGGGAGAACCUCGAGAGUCUCCUGAGCGAGAGCGCGCAGAUGGACAAGACGCUCAUCUCGAAGGCGCAGACGCUGUGGGCCGACCCGGGGAUCCAGGAGGUAUACCGGCGCCGCAGCGACUUCCACCUCAUGACCAACGCCGACUACUUCAUCGCCUGUGCUGAGAGGAUCUUGCAGGACGAGUACCUGCCGACGAUGGAGGAUAUUCUGCGCAUGCGCUACGUGACGCGCGGCGUGGUGGAGCACCGCCACGAGCUCAAGAACAUCAUCAUCACCAUAUACGACAUGGGCGGGCAGCGCCCCGAGAGGGAGAACUGGGCCAGGCAGAUCCUGGACCCGUCGGCCAUCCUGUUCCUCGCGUCGCUCUCCGAGUUCGACCAGAACGUCGAGGAGGCCACCGAGUAUGAGGAGGUAGGAAAAGGGAAAGGGGAGGGAAGAGACCAAGGAGGAAGAGGUGAACCGAGAAUAGGGAAGAGAGCGGACAAAAGAGAGAGCUCAUUUAAUAAUUUAAUCUUUCUUCCUUAAUGUAUACAUACUUUUAAGAAUCGGUAGAGCGAACAAGCACACACCCCAUGCACUAUACACAUUGCACACGAUCCCAUACAACCAAUGACACAACCUGUCUCAACCGCGGUGUUACAAUCCCACCUCAGAACCAAGCCCACCCAUGCUCAGUAUCUGCAAACACGCCCACUCUUUCUUCCUGUGUCUUGAGAAUUGCAUUAUGCUUUGUUCAGUUUGCACAGUGUCUUGUGCUUUAUAUUACAGUUUGAACAAUGGCGUAUAAGUAUAGCGGAAGUGAGUGCAGGUCAAAAGGUGAAGGAAAAUCCAUAUUUUUUAAGUAGGUGUUGAGUCAUGUCUAAACUUGUCUCUUUUUUUCAUUUGUAUUAAUAAUUUUCUUUUUUUUUUUGUGUUUAGGUCAUUAAUGCAAAUGAGUUUUAUUGAUUUAGUUUAAUUGAAUAAUUCUUUAAUAUUUUCAGAGGUUAGAUUAUAUUCCCGUGAUAUACAGGCAUAUAUCUUUUUAUUUGUUCACGUUCUUGUUAAUGAACUUAUUCAUUAAUUCUUUCAUUCAGCGACAAAAAAACAAAAACAAAAACAAAAACAACAACUAAUAGCAUAAAGAGAAAAUGGCAUAAGAACGUUUUUUUUUUUCUCUAAUGAUAUAAGAAAUAACUGCUCUGCGUUUCGUUUUGCACACUGCGGCGCUACGGAACGCACAAUUUCAACGGACCGGCGCACAAACACGACAGACCGGAGAGUUGGCACGCCAGGCCGACGGCACGUACAUUUUACCAACACAGAUAAUGUAGGAUUGCAAUUAAUUUUUCGUAAUGGAUUCUGCCAAAUAAACUUUUAAGAUCAACGGAAUGCUUGUUGGCACUUCUUGAC